GUAAGUUUGACUUGUACUCUAAUUUCAAAAAAAAAAAAAAUUAUUUUCAUGGCCAAACGAUCUAGGUCAAAAAGUUGUUUGAGCAGGUAGACAGUAGACCCUAUUAAUUUCCUUCGCCAGCAAGGCGACUUCAAUUCUCCUCUUCCAUUGUAGUAUUUUAUUUAUACAAAAAUAGGGGUGAAACUCGCACGAUUUUCCGGCGAAGCUGCUUUAACACGGACUAGAAUCAUGAAUCAGGCCUAAUAUUAUGUUCGGGCCAAGGACUAAUUCCACGGGAUACCUGCUUCUUCCACCAUAGAAGAAAUAUCCUAAUGAUUUUUCCUCUGCUGCUAUUUAACAGGCCACUUCAUUGACCAGUAGACCUCACUAUUUAACAGGCCAGGAAAUAUGUUGAUAUUAAUACAUUACUUGGAUUUAUUUCUUUUCCUGAAAUAUCAUUGCAGAGAACUUUCAAUUUAAUUAUUCACGGUAGCUCAGUCCUAGAAGAUGAGGAAGCAUCUGAUGAUGUCGUGGCAGCAACUCUGUAGGUUUAUAAUGAUUUCUAGGCCCUUCGGAAAGCCAUUGCGAGAUAAGGCAAUAGAAGUUGCUGGAAGAGUCGCUAUAAAGGAAGAAGGGAUGGCUUUGAAAGCUUCUUGUCCAGUGUGUUUGCAAGUUCUAAGCACACCACUUGAUUCUGAUCUGAAAAUGACUAUGGCAGUACACAUGAGCUUAUGGCAUCCAGAUGAUGUUCAAUUGCAUUGGGAAAUGAUGCAAACCAAAGGAAGAUCGAUUGUUCACAUGCCCUCUUUCUGCUUUGGAGCUGGGAUGGCUGCUGGAAUUGGUGCUCUGAUGGUUAUUCUUGCCAGAAGUCAUGCUCAAGCAUUUGGCAAUAAGAGGUGAAGUUUAUCUCUAAUUCCGACUACAAAUGGGCUGUGUUGAAUCUUUUUGUGUUUUGCCGCUGUUAUGAAGAAUCAGCCUAGUCUAAAGCUGCUAUUUCGCAGAAUUAGGAAAGAUCAAAUAGAUAGAACUUUAAGCGGCUAAACGUUAUGAGCUAGUUCACAUUAUUAUUGACGACUAAGGUUAUAUGAAGAUCCAAUGAUGAUUGUAGUUAUAGACGGCAGAGUAGUUUUCCUAUUUGACGUGAAUUUCUGUUCUGGA